UCAAAAACAAGUUUUUGACCUGGAAAACAGUUUUGACUAAUCUACUUACACACGUUCUGUUUGCUUUUCAUUCAUCUACUGCAGUUUCUAUAAAUAGAGCUUCAACACUUAACAUUCAGUAGUUUGUUGCAGGGAAGAGAAAUAGGAUUAUUAUCUUUGUAUGGUAUUUCUUAGCUGUUUUGCAUUAAAUUUUCAGUCUUUUUAACCUCUUUAAGUGGUCUCUUUGUAGGGUUUUGUUAGUCUGUCGAAACCAAUUAAUAACCCACCAAACCACACCAAAUGCUGCUGCUUUUUUAUCUUCUUCACCUUUUGUGUUUCUCCUUCUCUGAGAUCUUAGACUAAGCUGUUUCUGCUUUUCUUUCUCCUCCUUCAGCAGAGGUCAGAGGUCCUUCUCUCUCUCUUUUUCUCCUGGUUGGGUCCUUUUGAAGUUGUAUUUUUCACAACUUAGCAAUGGGGGAGCAGUUAGGAUUGCUAAAAGUUACAGUUGUACUAGGGAGAAGAUUGGUUAUUAGGGAUUUCAAGACUAGCGAUCCUUAUGUAGUACUCAAGCUGGGCAAUCAGACAGCAAAGACCAAGGUUAUUAAUAGUUGUCUUAAUCCAGUUUGGAAUGAAGAGCUAAGUUUCUCACUCAGAGAACCUGUUGGAGUUCUAAGUUUGGAAGUAUUUGAUAAAGACCGUUUCAAGGCAGAUGACAAGAUGGGACAUGCUCACCUCAACCUACAACCAAUUGCAUCUGCAGCUAGAUUGAAGCAGUUUGCAAAGGUUUCUUCAGGCGAGACAAUUUUAAGGAAGGUUGUUCCUGAUACUGACAAUUGUCUUGCUCGUGAAAGCUCAAUUAGUUGCAUAAAUGGUGAAGUGGUGCAGAGUGUUUGGUUGAGGCUCUGUGCAGUUGAGUCCGGGGAGAUAGAACUAAAGAUCAAGUUAAUUGAUCCUCCUGUUGCUUCUUCAAAGUAGUGCAAAUCUAAGAUAGAUUGUCAUAGGAGUAGGGUUUUGACGACGUCAGGGGAUAAGGGAAAUGCAUCUGUAGUAGACUCUUUCCUUGAUAUAACCCCUUUAGAUCGAUGUAUCAAAUAGAUUUUCAAUGUAGCAUAACCUGAGAGGAAGUACUGAAUGUCUUGCCAGGCAAACUGGUUGUUUUGGUCGUGUGUUUUGAAAUAGUUUUUCAAGUGUGAUGAAUGCAGUUCAGAGAGGCAUCCGUUUGUGGCUUGCAUGGAA